AUGAGUGGAAAGCGACCAAAAUGGACCAAAAUAAGUAAAAAGCGGCAGGGACGGGAGGAGGCGGAGGAUCAGUGCGCGGCUGCGGUCAGAGGAGACGAGCAGCAGCAGCAGCAGCGUCUGGAGGCUCAAGGACGCAGUGUGGAGAUGCUCUCAGCGGUCAGCAGAGACGUGGACGGCGGUGGAAGCGGCGGGAGCGGCAACAUUAACAACAACGGCAUCCCAGACAGCACCACGGCCUCCGCUCCCGCGUCCUGCGCCAAAGGCAAGGAGGAGCGGAAGGGGAAGAACGUGAUCCGCGGCUGGAAGAGGGAGAGAGACAGAGAGAGGGAGAGGGACGCCGCUCCUGCCGCUCCUGCUGCUCCUGCGGUCCGGACGCGGAAGGAGAAGCCCGGGGAUGGCUCGUCUCCUCCUCCCUCUGUCUUCCUCCCGUCGCCCGCCCUGCCCGAGCAUCAUCUGUGCCUCUGUGACUCCUCCAGGAUCAUGGGAGAUAGCGGCACCGUCAACAAUAACGGCAUUAACGGGAGUAACGGCAACAAAAGCGCGCUGGAUUGUGGAGCUAAGAGCGGCGGAGGCGCUAUUGUUGUGAGGCGGCAGCAUGACGACACGCCGGCGGCCAAGAAACACCGAGGAGCCGAGAAGGUGGACCCCAUGUUCACUGUGCCAGCGCCUCCUGCUCCGGGCCACCCAGGGGCCCCUGGAUCCUCUCUCCCCUCCACCCCCUCCUUCUCCUCUCCGGCCCUGCCCACCUCUAACCCCAAGCAGCUCAUGGUGAGGACGAGGUCCGUAGGAACCAACACCCAGGAUGGAGGCGGCUCGGGAGCUCUGGAGGGAGACUCGGCUUGUCUGGGACCCUGCCAACCAGGGACCAGCGUCAACCUGGAGGGGAUCGUGUGGCAUGAGACUGAGGAAGGUGUGCUGGUGGUGAACGUAACGUGGAGGAAGAGAACCUAUGUUGGAACUCUGUUAGACUGCACCAAACAUGAUUGGGCUCCUCCAAGGUUUUGUGAGUCUCCCUCCAGUGACCCCGAAUUGUCAGGGGGGCGUGGCCGAGGGAAACGGAUGCGAAUGGCCAUGGCUGAGCGGCCCUGCAUUGAACCGGCCCCUGCUACCAAAGUCAGAGGUUUAUCACAGCACAGGAGCCGCGGAGGCGGCGUCGCUGGAACUGCUUCUUCCAUCCACAGCAAGGGACGGAGAGGAAGCCUGAACCUCAUCAACAGCAACUGCCGAGCCCCUCCUUCCUUCUUCACUGUGGAUGAGGUGAAACCGACCAACAGCACCUCCUCUCUCUCCUCAGGGAAGCGAAAGAACAAACCGCCAGCUGAACUCGACCUCAGCUUGGUCUCCUCUGAAGACAUUAAAAAUGGAAACGGUAAGAGGAUCCGAGCCAAAUCCCGCAGUGCCCCAUCCACACCACAGGGAAAGUCCGACCCCUCGUUCAUGGACCCCGGAGGAGGUUGUGCCUCCUCACCACCUCCCCCACCCAUCCUCAUCGACUGCCCACACCCCAACUGCACUAAACGCUACAAGCACAUCAACGGCCUGCGCUACCACCAGACACAUGCACACCUGGAGGCUGAGGAGCAGAGAAAGCCAGAGCUAGAGCCCUCAAAGGAUGGCGAGAGUGAGGAUCGUCUCUCUGACUGCGAGGACAGUUUGGCUUAUGACCUCCCUGAAACAAACAACAGCGGUAACGCCAACAGCUCCUCCAAGAAACCUGCUCCUCUUUACAAGGUGACCACAGUGGGGUCUCCUAAGAACAGACGGCUGCUCCUUAGUACCGACCACAGCCCUACCGCCAACUCCAAGACCAGAAGAACCUCACUGCUAAAAGAUGGCCUAAUCGAUGACCUUAGCAAUCUGCCCAUCAUCUCCAACAUGACUGUGGUCCUUGAAAACUGCAUGGUUCCUGACAGAAACUCCACUGUGGAGAUGCCUAAGCUUGAAGCUGAAGGUUUGAUCGAUAAAAAAGGGGGUGCCUGUGACAAGGGCAAAAAGGCCAACGGGAAGGUGGACAAGUUGUCCAAGUCACGAGCCAACCGACUGAUUGCCCCAGCACCUGCUCCACCAAAGCUGAUAGCCAUACCUAACACAGCAUAUCCAUCUGGUACAGCGGACAGUGCUACCUCACAGCAGCCCUCACCAAUGGCAGCAGUAGGCCUGACCAGUAAAAAUCUUCCUUUGAAACCCAUCAAACCAAAGCUGAGCAUUGUUGUUGAACCGAACCUGGUCAAAGCUACCCUGGUAACCUGCAGCAAAGAGACCAGGAAGAAGGAGAAACGGAGGCUGAAGGACAAACAUAACAAAGACGUGCCAACCAGGACGCCUAACGGUGACAAUGGGUUAAAAAUGGAAGAUGGUGGUGGGAAAAUGGGCAUUAAGGAAAUUUCUGGAAGCCUUCUGAAGGAGCACCUCAGUAAGCAGGAUGUAAUGAAUGGACUCACUGAGAGCCAGGAGAGCAGGAUGGCUAGCAUCCGAGCUGAGGCCGACAAGGUCUACACCUUUACGGACAACGCCCCCAGUCCUUCCAUUGGUGGAGCAUCCCGCCUUGACUCAAGCGGUAGCUGCUUGAUAACAGCGGACAGCAACAGUAAGAAUAAUAGCCCCGCCUACUCUGACAUCUCAGAUGCGGGGGAGGAUGGAGGAUCAGACGGAAUAAGAUCCAAGCCUGGCUCCUCUGCUUCUACAGAGAUUAGCUCUAACUGUAAUCACGGCAGCUCUGGUAAAACACCACCCACAGCAUCUGCCCCAUCAUCAAAAGACCCCCAGUCCCCUUACUACCACAGCUACGACCCCUACUACCUUCAGGGGUACAUGCAGUCGGACCGAUCCAACAGCAGCGGCGUUGCUUUCCACAAAAACUCUGCCCUCGAUGGCAAAGGCAAAGACAGAAAGGAAGACGUGAAAGAGGACGACAAAAUCUCCUCGCAUGAGUUCUCAGACUCUAAGAAAGGCGACGGGCCGCCUCAGUCUCAGCUCCAGCUGGCAAUGAGUCAGACCCAGACGGCUUUGGCCCAGUCGCUGUACUAUGGCCAGUACUCUAGAGGACUCUACAUGGACCAGAAGCUGUUACUGGGCUCCAAAUGCUGCGACCAGACUCACAGUGGGAAGCAGAGGGCCGACAGAGGACAGGGGGUGAGGGACGGUGAGGACGAUAAACAUAUUGGGGGUUCAGCUGGUGGACCGGUGCUAGGUAAAGGUCCAGAUGGUGCUAAAGGUUGCUGCCCCAAGCCAGUGCUGUCCUACGUGGAGAUGAGUGAGAGGGGAGAAAGGGGACAGAGCCUGGGCUUAAAGGCAGCACACGGUGGCAUGGUGGACCAGCACCAGGUCUCGAUGAAAGACUGUGAUGACAUCAAGUCAUCAUCCUCUUCCUCUUCUUCUUCACUCCACAACCAAAACAGUCAGACAGAUCUGGACUCAAAUGUUUCCUUUUCCAGUCCCUCAGAUGGCCCGGCCUGGGCUCACUGCCUGCCUCACAGCAAAUACUCAGAGCUACAGAGUCAGCACGGGGAGGAGGCCGAGGAGGGCGAAGUAGACAGGGGGAAAGAAUGGGGAGCGACCAUGGAGCCUGCCGGGGCCAAGAUGACCUCAGCAGGAGUCCCUGGUGGAGAGAGGGGAGGGGCCCUUGGCGGAGAGGCCAAAAAAGCCAGGAUCCACGGAUCCCAGGAUCUCCCGCCCAUCAUCGACGAGGAGGACUCUGACAGGCUGGAGGGGCUGGAUGAUUCAAGCCAGGAGCCAAUGGGAGGGCUCUCUGAGGAAUCCCAGAGCGCCCGGGCAGCAGUGUCCCCUCCCAUGACCCCCCAGCAGCCCUACAUCCAGUACCAGCACUCCUCCUACCAGCCCUACCUGUCAAUGUGUGAGAGUGGUGGGGGCUCCUACAGAGGUGUGUCCCCAACCCUGAUCCACAACUACCCAGGUUUCCACUAUCCUCUGUACGGUAAGACGGCUGGAAGGGAGGAGUCAGAGGUGACUCCUCCCAGCAGAGGGGGGGCGGUGAACAGCAAGCAGAGCGGUGAUUCCUCCUCGUCUUCAGCCAUGGAGCUGCUGCAGCAGAGCCAUCAGUACCACGGAAAAUCUCCUGCUCCUGGUGAGAAAGGUUCCCCUGAGGGAGAGAGAGAAACAGAGAGAGAGAGGAACCACGUGUCCUUUGCCCGACACCUCCACACACACCAUCACACACACCUGGGUAUGAGCUACAACCUGAUGUCAGGACAGUACGACAUCUACCAAGGUCUGAGCUCCAGGUCGCUGGUCUCCAGUCAGCAGGUGUCAGGACACUCCUCUACAGACAGUGAAGGGAAGAAGUAGGACCAUGUGACCACGUCUCACAUGAGGAACGGCAGAUUUAUCAGACAUCAAUUCCAUGGUGUUGAAUAAGCUUCGCCUCGCUGAGAGGCAGAGAACUGAAAUAAAAGAAUUAACCUCUUCAUUUCUUACUGAUGAUCACCACCUGUUUUAUAAGACGUCAGAUGGACAGGAAGCAGAAGGGCGGUCUGGAGAGAUCCACGUCCGGGACUUCUGAAGAUUUCAGUUCUGCAGGAUUUUACAGAAGCAGAGCGGCGCUGAGGUGUUGCACAUGUAUCGUAGUGUAAAAUGAUGGUUUGACUGAAUGUACUGAUGACGACUUACUUUACCCCAAUAGUGUUGGUCAUUUUUUUAAAAACUCCUGUUGGGAAGCAGCAUUAGGAAGCUACAAAGUCUAUUAUCCUCCUUAUUAUCCUCCUGAUUAUUAAAGUGCUCCUCCUCCAUAGUGCUGACGCUACAUUUGUAUUACUAACCUGUACUUGAGCGUAACCAUGUUGAUUGUAUUGUCUUUAUGUGAGAGUAAACCUUCACAUCGACCUGCCCGGUGCCAUGUAGGAGCCCAGUGGUGUAAAUAUUCUGUACAGAUUCAUGGCAGAGCACUAACGCUUUCUAUGUCGACCUCCAUCAGCGUGCAGGGAGCAGCGGGCAGCGAGGGAAAAAUACACCCACGAGUUUUAAUUUAAAGCUAAACCCAGUCCAGGGUGUCUUCCUGUGACUGGAUCCUAGUCCUCAUGUAGACGUGUAUAAAAGGGGGUUUUCCUCCUCAUAAUCCCGUCUAUACAUGCCGUUUUAAAAAACAUCUUUUAGUAUAAUUCUCAGUAAAGAUCACUCACUCACAGACACCAUCAAUGUUCUUAACAUGAGAAC